AUGUUUAAAGACUUUGGACAAUAUGGACUUGUCUUCUUACUUCUGCUGACUCUAAAUUCCUUACAAGCAAUCGAAUUACAAAGAAGGGAUCCAGCAUUGGUAACUUCUCCAAGCGGUAACUAUGAACCCAUGCGAUCAAAAUGCUCAGAAGAUUAUCAUCUACGCGGAAAAAUCUCAGGAAACGCACAACUUAGUAUUGCAGAAGAAAAUUAUAUAAAUCAAAAAUCAAAACAUUCAAUACCAAAUUGGAGAAAAUAUUUAAAUUUAGUUAAUCUAACCGAUUUCAAUAUUGAAAGUUUUUUACAAUCUACAAUUUCAAAACAUGAAGAAAUCUCAUCAAUAAGUACUAGUUUACCUAACUUUGCUUUUGCAAUGAGUGGUGGUUCGAUGCGUUCAUUAUGUUUAGGUGCUUCUAUACUUGAUGCAUUUGAUGAGCGUAAUCCCAAUUCAAUUAAUGCUAAGAUUGGUGGUCUUUUACAACUUGCAAAUUAUGCUUCUGGUCUUUCUGGAUUACCAGAAUUGAAUCAAACUCUUUGGAAACUUUAUAAAAAGAAUGGUUUAGGAGAUUGGAAUACAAUUAAAAGUUAUCCACAUGUUUACAAGGUAAUAAAGAAAAAGAAGAAAGCUGGAUUUCCUACCAGUAUGGUAGAUGCUUGGGGAAGAGUAUUAUCUAAACAAUUCAUUGAUGCUCCUCAUGAAGGAGAAGGGGUCUUGUGGUCUUCAAUCAGAGAAACUGAGUCUUACAAAAACCAGACGUAUCCAUUUGUGAUUGCUCUAUCACUUAGUAGACCAGGAAGCCACAUGCCCGUAUCAAUCGCAAGUCCAAUCUACGAAUAUACAUCAGAAGAUUUUUCAAUUUGGAAUCCACGUCUCAAUGCUUCAAUUCCGAUUGAAUAUUUAGGAUCACCCUCAGAUUCAAUAAAUCAAUCUGUUCCCUGUACAGUUGGAUUUGAUAAUGCAGGUUUUGUCAUGGGUUUAGCAAGUAAUUUCUUUUCAUAUCAAGAUUCUCCUAAACAUAAAAAAGGAUUUUUCUCUAGUAUAUUGGGUAUCUUUAUCAGUGAUGAUGAUUAUGAAGGAAAAGUACCGAAUACCUUUAAAGGUCUUGGUCAAGACACUUCUUUUCCAUUUCAGGAUAGUGAUAGUGAUACUCUUUUGAUGGGUGACCCUGGAUUGGCUAGUGAAAACAUUCCGCUUUUUCCUUUGAUUCAACCGUUUCGAAAAUUGGAUGUGAUCAUCGCUGUUGACUCUGCAAAUCCCAAUGGAACAUCUUUAUAUAUGACAUAUCAGAAAACUCAGCAACCUGAGUAUUCUGCUUACCAAUUCCCAAAAAUCCCUAAUACUCUUGAUGGGACCUUUGAAUCACUUGGAUUUAAUAAACGUCCUACGAUUUUUGGAUGUUAUGAUAAUUAUACAGGUCCUUUAGUCCUUUACUUACCGAAUUAUAGAGCAGUAGCGGAUACAGACGAAGAAUCAGGUCUAACCACUUAUCCAGGAGAAUUGGUAGAUAAAUUUUUCCAAAACGGAUUUGCGAUUGCCAGUCAAAAUGAAGGACCGACUCGUGAUCUGGAAUGGCCACAAUGUAUUGCUUGUUUACUUAUUGAUAAACAAAUUUUAAAAUUAAAUCAAACUCGUACUUUACAAUGUCAAGGUUGUUUUGAUAGAUAUUGUGCAAAGUUUUAA